GGAAUUAAUGGAUUUAUUUGUUGCAGACUUGCAUCAAAUUUGUAAUUUCUUUAAAUCUCUGUGUUCCUGUUCCGAUGGUCUUGAAAAUUGUUAUCAAUAAAAUAUUAAUGAAGGCACCUAAUAUUUUUUUAUCAGUUGGAUUCUAAACAUCUGUUUAUUGUGGUCUAUUUUACAUUUCAAUACAUAAAAAUGGACAAUUCUAUAAAGCUGUGACUCUGUGAGAUUUCGGAAAUAAAGAGCAGAUAAAAAGUGGAACACUCGUAUCGUGAAUCCGCUUUUGCAGAUAAAACCAGUACCGUACAGAUAUUUUUGUAUAUUUUUAAUUAACGAAUCAAAAUGUGUGGAGGGUUCACUUGUUCUAAAAAUGCUUUAAUUGCAUUAAAUGUACUGUAUGUGGUGGUAGCAUCUAUCCUGAUCUCAGUGGCAGUAUAUGGACAAGCAUCAUCUGUGGGUGGUAAUCUGCCCAUAGUGGGUGGAAUCCUUGCCUGUGGAGUUUUUCUUAUUUUAAUAUCAUUGUUGGGAUUGGCUGGAGCUGUGAAACAUCAUCAAGUGAUGUUAUUCUUUUACAUGGUGAUUCUAUUUCUUCUUUUCCUGGUUCAGUUUUCUGUUGCGUGUGCUUGUCUUGCUGUCAACUCUGACCAACAGGAAACAAUUGCUCAACAGGGUUGGAAAAAAGUGAACAAGGAUGUAAAGGAACAGGUUCAAGAAAGAUUCCAGUGUUGUGGCUUCCAAUCCAGUAUACAACCAGUGAAUAGCACUGAUGAUAAUCCUUCUUGUGAACUUGUUCAUAAAAUAUGUUGUAAUAAUAUGCACAACGUCCCUAACUGCAAAUGUGAGCCUUGUAUGGAAAAACUAAAGGAAACUAUUGAUAAUGCAUUCAAACUGUGUGGUGGGAUUGGAUUAUUCUUCAGUUUCACGGAGUUAUUCGCAGUCUGGCUUGCUCGGCGUUACCGCAACCAGCCGGACCCUAACUACAAGGAGCCACAUGCUGUAUUCCCUAGGCAAAAUUACCUUUACUGAGUGUCAUUCCCUGUAUUCCAAUUAGUUAACUGCGUGUAAUGAUUUCCUGUGAUUCUCUUGACUGAUGUACUCUAUUAUGUACACGUGUUUAUGUAUUUAUUAGCUAUUUCGAAAUGGAGUCAUGAACUAUUCCUAUAAUAUGAAUCAAACUAAAUAUCAUAAAACCAUCAGUCUAGUUUAAUUUUAUGGGGAAACUUAACUAAUCAUGACAAAAAUGCUAUAGACUGGUUUCAUCGUCUUUGAUAAAAAAAAAAGAGUUACAGAACAAAAAAGUACGUAGAUAGUGUCGUAAGUUAAAAUAUAAUAUGAGCGAUAUAAUAGGAACGCAGUUUUGUUUCGUUUCGGACGUAUUCUAUAAAUGUAUUGUAUUGGUUGGUUUAGGAAUAGUAUUAUAUCAAUACAUAAAUAUUUGCUCAAUUUCUUCACUGAUUCAUGGAAUUGUAAAAAUAGCAUCAUUCUUGUAAAUAUUAUGUCUAUACUUGCACAAUUUCAUCAAGUGACACCUUGGUAAUAUAUUUUAUUAUUUAGAAGUACAUUACGUUACUGAAUAUAGGAUGUAAAAACUUGAAUACCAUUGACGAUUUAAUUUUAAUAAAAUAUAGGAAAAUAUUGUACUCAGUUUAGAAAUCAUCAAAUGAGAAUAUUUUUGGAACACGAUUCUUAAAAUAAUAUUUUAUAGUGUAAUUUGAUCACCGUUACGUAUUAUAAGAUCAAAUUUAUCAAAUAUUUGUCAGGUUUACAAAUAAUUACGUUACAGUAAAAAAUUAUUUACAAUCAUAAGUAGUUCCAAGUGUGUUAUUUUCAUUUAAGUAUAUCUAUUGCCAAUGAAAACAGGAAAUCUGAUUAAGUUAAUAUUAACAAGUAAUUAUAUGAGGCUCGAUUUAUCGUGAUUUUUAGUGAAUAUUUAGAAACAAUUAAUUAGUGUGCUCGUUACUUUUAUUCUAUCGCGAUAUCCAUUAUGAGGUAUUGUAAGUAAUUUGAGGACCUAUUUCACUGGAUCUCAGUGCUUUUUUUCUUAAUACUAUACAAUUUAACUAUUGCAUAUUCUUGCGAGUCAAAUGAGAUGUUGUACGUUCAUCUACUAGUCAGUAGUAUAAUUAUUUUAGCAUAAUAUUGCUUUAAACGCUCCUUUACUUAGCAUUAUAUCCUGGGUAUCUUCCAUGUAUGUUAGUAAAAAUCUAUCAUUAGCCAUUGGUAUGUAAUGCAUUAUUGUGAGCUGUGUGUUUCUAUAUAGUAUUUUUUUUAUCCAGAUAAUAUCGACAUAGAACUAACUGGUCAAAACUGAAUUUAAACCUGAAGAACUGAUAACAAGGCUAUUCUAUUCUUUUGAAAUAGAAAUUUGCCUAUUGCCAUAUUGUAUAUGGUAACACGUCUCCACAGCACUUAGGAUAAUGUUGAAAUAAUGAAACGGACAAUUGUAUAAUUUUAUACAUCUAUUUAGAAAAUUGUUUCAGACAUUGAAGACUUUUAUCAUAUAUAGUAAAAGGUGCUUAUUAUUCUAAAGUUAAUUACUUUUGUGAGUUAGCUGAUUUCCUCUUCGCUCGAUUGAAACUUUCUUACACUUGUCAUAAAAUUUGAUGAAAUGAGAUAAGAAAUGAAUUUGUGAAUACAGUGCUCUAGUGACAUUUGUUCAGGAUUAGAAUUAUUUAAGGAAAUAAUUUUAAUUUGUAAUUUGAUACAUAGUUGUAGGUUUAUUUUACACACUAAUGACGUGCUUCAAAUUUUAGCUUUAAUAUUAUUUUUUCUACAACUAUAUACCUACAAUUUAUUACUUGGUAAAAAAUCCUUAAUGGAUAUUUACCAAGUAAUAAAUUGUAUCAAAUUAAAUAAAUUGAAUCAUAUUUUAGAUAAUGUUUCUGUUUAUUCUUAUAUAUUAAACUAUUAAAUUUAACCGUUCCUAAAGUACAUUUAUGUUACAAUAUAAUUUAUUGAGAACCUACCUGCAAACGCAUCCUUAAAUGAUUUCUUUUUAUAUUACAUAAUAUUAAUUAAUUUAAAGGUACAAAAAGAUAUAUAAUAAUUUACAAACUCACUGUUAGCUAUGUAAUAAAAUAUUGAUGAAAUUAAACUAUUCUUAAUAAUUGUAAUGUAAUCAUAUCAACUGCUGUAGAUAAGGUCUUCAAUCUUUACCAUUAUGACAUAUAUAUACUUAGUUUUUUUCUCACAAUGUACAGUGUACCUGUUGAUGUUCAUGCUAUUUACUUCUGAAAUAAAGUGUGUAAGCAUUGAA